UAUACAAAUUUCCCCAAUCAUCCUACACUCAGAGAAACAUACAUAUCCACCCAGCAGGAGCUAGCCAUGAUUUUCCAUAACUUAUUAGACUACCUUGAUUUCAACAUCGGACUGAUAGGUAUUUUUGUUUUUCUGCUGCUCACUGAUAUAAUCAAAAACAAAAAGCCACGGGAUUUUCCACCAGGUCCCUGGAGGCCACCUUUUGUGGGAAAUAUCUUCACUGGGGUUGACUACAAAACCAUUGAGAAGCUUGCUGAAAAGCAUGGGGAGGUUUUUAGUGUGACAUGGGGCAGUGAGACAACAGUGUUUAUCUCUGGACACAAAAUGGUGAAGGAGGCUCUCGUUACUAAACUGGACAGUUUUGCUGAGCGUCCCGUUAUCCCCUUGUUUGACAAAGUGUAUAAAGGACGUGGUGUGUCCAUGAGUAAUGGGUAUGGGUGGAAGAUGCAGAGGAAGUUUGCCAUCACACACCUGCGCUACUUUGGUGAGGCGAAGAAGAACCUGGAGAUGAGUAUCCAGCAGGAGAGCGUCUUCCUGUGUGAGGCUUUCAAACAAGAAAGAAGUCCAUUUAAUCCCCAGAUGUACCUCAACACUGCCGUUUCAAACAUCAUCUCUGCCCUAAUAUUUGGACAUCGCUUUGACUACCAUGAUGAACGUUUUCUCAAUGUCCUGCAAUGGGACAUUGAUGCUGUCAUCCUGGCAGGGUCCUCCCAUGCUCAUCUGUACAAUAUCUUCCCUCGCCUCUUUGAUUACAUUCCUGGACCUCACCAAAGGAUGUUUAACAACUACUCUAAGAUCAUUGAGUUCCUUAAAGAUGAGAUCAGAAAGCACAAGGAGAAUUGGGAUCCCUCAGACCCACGAGACUACAUAGAUGCCUAUCUGACAGAAAUGGAGAAGAAAAAGACUGACCCAGAGGCUGGAUUCAACAUUGAAACAUUAGUGUUUUCUUCACUGGACUUGUUUGAAGCAGGGACAGAAACUACAAGCACUACAAUUCGCUGGGCUCUGCUCUACUUGAUUAAAUAUCCACAGAUACAGAAAAAGGUGCAGGCUGAGAUAGACAGAGUGAUUGGACAAACACGCCAGCCCAACUUGGAUGACAGAGCUAACAUGCCCUACACUGAAGCUGUCAUCCAUGAGAUCCAGAGGAUGGGCAACAUCGCCCCUCUGGGGUUCCCCAGAAGGGCCAGUAAAGAUACCACACUGGGUGGAUACUUCAUACCAAAGGGCACUUCUGUGACUGUAAGCCUGUCAUCUGUGCUUAAUGACAAGAGCGAGUGGGAAACACCAGACACCUUUAACCCAGGACACUUCCUGGAUGACCAGGGCCAGUUCCGCAAGAGAGACGCCUUUAUGCCCUUCUCAGCAGGUAGGAGGGCGUGUCUGGGGGAGCCCCUGGCCCGCAUGGAGCUCUUCCUGUUCCUCACUGCCCUCCUGCAGCGCUUCACCUUCUCCCCUGAGCCUGGAGAGGAGCUGAGUCUGGAGGGCCAGCUGGGCUUCACCAAAGCCCCUGGCCCCUAUCACCUGUGUGUGAGCCCACGCUGAAGCCCUCAAUGGAGGGUAGAGGAUGGAGAAGAAGCACUGAGGAUAUAGUGGCUUUGGGGUGAUUGUAAACAUUUUGGAAAACCUGAGGGAAAGGUUGUUGUUGAAUUAAAUAUUGGAACUAUAAAAUAGUGAUAAUGUAAAAUAUAAUGUACUGUAUAUCUAACUCUCAAGCAUGAACAAUGAAGACCCCAUUUCUGUCCUCAAAAUAUGAUCAGUUUAUGAUGAACAGAUUAUUCAGGUAAUAUUCCAACUAUCAACAUGUUUUUUGUUUGUUUAUUUUUGUUUUGUUUUUUGUUUGCCAAAUUUGGCUGAAAACACAUGUAAAUGUUUAAACGGGUCCUCCGAUUCAACACCAGGUUAUUCAUUAUUGAAAAACAUGAAUUAAAUAUUAAAAUGACCAUGAAACAACCUGAGUGAAUAAAUAUAUAAAUACAUUUUCUUUCAUAUUAUUGCGGUUUGAGGAACAUGUGUUUGCUUCCUGGCUGGAUCUGUAACAUUUAAACAUAUAGAUUUAAAUGCUAAUUAUUUGGUUUGGGUCAUGUGUCAUAUUAUUUUGUUCUACACUAACUUUUUGCUUUAUUGUGUGUUCCAGUCCUAAUGUUUAUUCUGUUUUAACAUGCUGACUGACAAUGUACUGUAUAACACGACAGUGCACCAUUAUACCAUUACUUUCUAGAAGGUGGAUAAAAUUUACAUUUUAGAUCUUUCUUGGAAGCAAUAAAGUGUUGAUUAACCCAGGCAAAUAGCCAUAUAAAUAAAUA